CUGGGAAAAACAAGGGAACAUGAUUCAAUCUUACUUAAUAAUACGUUUGCAGUGUUGCAAACUUUAGCCAACCGUUCCAUCGACAUAGACGGCAAUGGAAUGGAAGACGAUUCAAGUGGAAAUUUCACCGGUGGAUUGCCGAAUUCCAAGAAACCGGCAAAACCGACAAAGAAAGCACAUACUUAUGAAGAGCUCAUCAGGCAUAAAUCUGUGGGGAAAAGUGCGACGGUUUUGAUAAAUCAAAUCAACAAAAGGAUGAAGAAGCUGAGGGACAUAAAAUUUGAAUUGCGCCGCACCCUCGAGCAAAUCAAAACGCCAUGGCCACCGGGAGCCAAACUCCCACAAAUUAUGAAAGAUAUGGAUGCUAUGGAAGCUGAAAUCCGAAGAAUUAAACAAGAUAUAUUGAAGAUACCCGUCGAUUACAAGGAACAUAAAUUAACACAAGUUGAGGCAAAGCAGAGAUUGGUCGAGAUAGAAAACCAGGAGUUAAAUAAAUCCCUUCAGGAGCUGGAAAAAACAGGGGAACUUGGUUCAAUCUUCCUUGAUAAUAAGUCUCUUUCGUCACAAAAUUUAGAUGAACAUGUCAUCGACGUGAAUGACAAUGGCAUGGAAGCUGGUUCAAGUGGAAAGAUUUGGAUCUUACUCAUUGCCAACACUGUGAUAGAGCUUCUAUCAGCAACUUUCGAUCAGCUUUCUUCCACGCAUAAGCCGGAAUAUGCUUUGGUAGCAAUGUUAAUGGCUCUCGUAGGUUUGCUCGGAUUCACGAUGGAGCUGGCUUAUGAGGGAAGAAAGGAAAAGGCGAGAUGGAGAUGGGAUCAGGAGAUCCCAUGGUUUUAUUGUCCCACAGCGACUCCGACAAGGUACAGGCGCUUCGGUAGCUUUGCAAAAAUAUUUGGAUUGGUAUGUGCCGUGCUUCAAAGUAUUUCAGCAAUUGUGGCUUAUGCCUUUUAUAGCCAUCAUUCUGAUAAUCCCAUCAAGGUGUCCAUUUGGCCAAUUAUCUUUGCAAUUUCUCUAUUGUUCUCUCAAUUUCUAAAGGAUCGAAGUCCGAAGGUGUCGGCGCUUGAUCAUAAAGAUCAUAAUGUAUAGCUGUUUUUAUGCAUGUAGAGGUUG